AUGAUCUUCGCAGCCAGCCAACUUCAGGAGAAGUGUCAGGAGAUGCGGACCCACCUGUACUCUACCUUCGUGGACCUGACGAAAGCCUUCGACACGGUGAAUCGUUUAGGACUGUGGAAGAUCAUGCAGAAAUUCGGCUGUCCAGAGCGAUUCACUCAGAUGGUGCGUCAACUGCACGACGGUAUGAUGGCGCGAGUCACGGACAACGGAGCUGUCUCAGAGGCAUUCGCAGUGACUAACGGAGUGAAACAGGGAUGCGUGCUGGCACCAACCCUCUUCAGUCUUAUGCUCUCUGCCAUGCUGAUGGACGCCUACCGCGACGAACGCCCCGGGAUUCGCAUCGCCUACAGGACGGACGUUCACCUGCUGAAUCAACGGCGGAUGCACUUCCAAUCGCGCGUAUCAACAACAACCGUUCACGAACUUCUCUUCGCCGACGACUGCGCCCUGAACACCACCUCAGAAGAGGAGAUGCAAUGGAGCAUGGACCUGUUCUCCGCCGCCUGCGAGAACUUCGGUAUGGUCAUUAACACGCAGAAGGCAGUGGUGAUGCACCAACCGCCACCCAACUCAGCCACAGCUCCCAACGCGUCGCCGCAAAUCAGCGUGAAUGGGAUCCUACUGCAAGUAGUGGAGAACUUCCCGUACCUGGGCAGUACUCUAUCCCGUACCACCAAGAUUGAUGACGAAGUCGCCAACAGGAUCUCGAAAGCCAGUCAAGCCUUCGGUCGUCUCCAAAGCACAGUUUGGAAUCGUCACGGUCCUCAACUGAACACGAAACUGAAGAUGUACUAG